AUGUCCAUCGAAAAUCUCAAGACCUACGACCCCUUCGCCGAAGCCGACGAGGACACCGGAGAAGUCAAACAGACUCAAAAUUACAUCCAUAUACGCAUUCAGCAGCGUAAUGGUCGCAAGACUUUGACCACGGUCCAAGGUCUCCCAAAGAAAUUUGACCAGAAGAAAAUCCUCAAGGUCAUCAAGAAGAAGUUUGCUUGCAAUGGCACCAUUGUCGCAGACUCCGAGAUGGGAGAGGUGAUCCAGCUCCAGGGCGAUCAGCGCAAAGAUGUUCAGGACUUUCUUGUCGACAAGAAGGAGGGCCUCGAGCUAGACCCCAAGACUAUCAAAGUCCACGGUUUCUAA